CCUCCGCGGGCGGCGAUGGCGGCUCCGGACCCGGCUGGGGCGUCGGUGCUGCGGGGUCUGCGGGAGCGGCUGGGCGCGGCGCUGUCCGACCUGCGAGGCGGCGAGGCACGAGAAGGCGGCGGCGGCUUCGAGCCGGGACGCUUCUGGGACGCCCUCGCACAGGCAUCCAAGGCCGUCUCCCAGGAAGCCACGAAGCUGAGCCUGGCCUUCUCCAGGCCGCCGCCGCCGACUCUAGAGGAGCACGAACGGCUGGCGGGAGGAGUCCACGGCGCGGUGCUGGCGGCUGCCUCGCUGUAUUAUCAGCUCCCCAAAGGUCAAGGGACCACCCUGCGCAAAGCCGUGCGGGACGCCACGGUCGAAGUGGUGGAGGGCAUGAUCCAGCUUACAGAGGUGGUCCUUCGCACCCCGCAGCAGAGCCUAUCUCAGGAGCAGCUCAUCUCAACCGGAGGCGUGUGGGAGGCGUGUGACCGAGUCCCUUGCCUGCCGCGAGAUAACCAGGCGGCGGCUGCUUUGGCCAUUUCCUCCUGCCUGGGGGUCGUCAGAGAUGCGCUGGAGGAGAUGGAACAGGCGCAAGCGGAAGGGGGCGACCCCUACGGCGACGUGCUCGAGGACGAAGACUUGGGCUCCCGGGGAAACCAGGACGUCUACUGGUCGGAGGCUGACCGGCAGCUGCUGGGCCCUUGCCUGGGCCUGGUGAAGGCUGCUAAAGCUUGCCUGAAGAAGCUGCUGGGGGCGGUGAGAGCCCACGGCAAGGUGGACACGGCGGAGCAGGUGGCUCAGCUGGACGACCUCGCCGACCUCGCUGGGGAUGUCAGCCCAAGCGUGGAUGAGUUGGUGCUGAGCACCUACCCCCCUGUGAACCAGCUGGCUCUGCGGCUGAACGCCGCAAAGCUGGCUUCCGUGUUGAAGAAGAUGCUGGAAAUCACCCGGGCCAGCCACGCCUGUCCUCCGUCGGAAGAGAGCUGGGUGCAGUUCCUGGACGGGGCAGUCAACCACAACAUGGACAAGAUCAAGGGCUUCACCCAGCGGCUGCUUUGAGGGACGCGGCUGGUGACGGGGAGGAAGGCCCACGGGCCGGCUCUGCUGGACCAGCUGGUCACGCUGGCUUCUGGGGCUGCCGGGCUGCCUGUGGAAGAGGGAGGGGCCUCUCCAGAAGCACAGGGGGGAGGGGACGAUGACAGCACUCCCGUGCGGAGAAGUGGCUGCUGGGCUCUUGCCCACUGGGGAGGGAAGGCAAUAAAGCACCUCGUUGGCCUUGAUUCGGCGCAA